CAUUCAAUAGUUCGAUCAUGUGACGUAGUCAUGUGACUCAGCAUCGCAUUUCAUUCAUCAUGGCGGCGACUGCGUCUGUCUUCCUCAGAGUGAGAACAGGAUCCAAGGUUGGAGCAGAGUACGACCAGGAAGGCCUGCUGAUCCAGGUGGAGAGCAGAGAAGAUGAGGAACAAACCGUGAAGCUGGCAGAAAUCCUGGAGCUGCUGCUGGCUGCGGGUUACUUCCGGGCCCGCAUCAAAGGCCUGUCCCCAUUUGAUAAGGUUGUUGGUGGAAUGACCUGGUGCAUAACCACAUGUAACUUUGACAUAGAUGUCGAUCUACUCUUCCAAGAAAAUUCCACUAUUGGACAGAAAAUAGCCCUGACAGAGAAAAUUGUUUCUGUUUUACCAAAGAUGAAGUGUCCUCAUCGCCUGGAACCCCAUCAGAUCCAAGGCUUGGAUUUUAUUCAUAUUUUCCCAGUGAUACAAUGGUUGGUGAAGCGAGCCAUAGAGACGAGAGAAGAGAUGGGAGAUUAUGUGAGAGCCUAUUCCAUUUCUCAGUUCCAGAAGAGCCAUUCCUUCCCUGAGGAUCAAGAACUUCUCCAGAGAAAAGACAAAGCUGUGAAGGCCGUUCUGGAUGUAUUGGAAGUGUACAAACCUGAGAGAAAGUACAGAAGACAGAAAGAUGCAGAACUCCUCCUGGAUGAGGAGUCCAGGAUCCAUUUUACUCUGCUGGAGUAUGGCAGAAUGUGUGAAGCUAUGCUGAGAUAUGGACUAAAUAAGCAGUGUAAACAAAACAAGGAAGAUGAGGGGCAGUUCAGUGGGCCUCAGGCAAUACCUGCCAGCAUUACUGAAGUGUUGGAAGAAGACAAGCUGCAGGCAGCAGAAGAGGGGAAGCUGACUGCAAGUGCUGUGGGUCAGAUAGUUGGACUCCAAUCUGAGGAGAUCAAACUGAUAGCCUCGGAGUACGCUGGAAAGCAGUUGAAACGUUCUUCAGAGGAGCGGUCAGAACGCUACGGUCCAGUACAACAGCACCGCCGGGCCGUCGCCUCACUGGACAAACAGAUCCAACAAAAAGCCGAGCAGUUGAAGGAGCUCAAAGUAAAGCAUGCAGAGGAGAAAGCCUGCAAUGAAGAAGCGAAGAGGAGUCUGCUGGAGGCUACAGAACACUCAAUAAAACUGGAGACUGAGAUGAAGACACUAGAAGAGAUGGAGGAGCAAGCAGACAGUGGUCUGAUGGAGAAACUCAGGGCUUUGGUGACGAUGAAUGAGAACCUGAAGCAACAAGAGCAGCAGUUUCGGACACACUGCAGAGAAGAGAUGGUCCGUCUACAGCAGAACAUUGAAGAGCUAAAGUCAGCAUCAGGACAGGACACAGAGGAGGAGCAGGAGAGGAGGCAGCUAAUAGACCAACAGUACAAUUCAGAUAGAGAGAAGCUGCAAAACGUCCGCCUGCUCAUGGCUCGCAGGAACCGUGAGAUCGCAAUCUUGCAGAGGAAGAUCGAUGAGGUGCCUAGCCGGGCAGAGCUGACCCAGUACCAGAAGAGAUUUAUUGAACUCUACAGCCAAGUUUCUGCUACCCACAAAGAGACCAAGCAGUUCUUCACUCUCUAUAACACCUUAGAUGAUAAGAAGGUCUAUCUCGAGAAGGAGGUAAAUCUGCUGAAUUCAAUUCAUGACAACUUUCAACAAGCUAUGUCAUCUGCAGCUGCCAGGGAUCAGUUCCUCAGACAGAUGGAGCAGAUAGUGGAGGGGAUCAAACAGAGUCGCAUCAAGAUGGAGAAGAAGAAACAAGAAAACAAAAUGAGAAGAGAUCAGUUGAAUGAUGAAUACCUGGAGCUGCUUGACAAGCAGAGGCUCUACUUCAAGACUGUUAAAGAUUUUAAAGAGGAGUGCCGCAAAAAUGAGAUGCUGCUGUCCAAACUAAGAGCAAAAGGAGCUUCCUAACUUUGUUCUACCUGCUGGCUCUGUGUUUUCUUAAGCAAGCUUGAAGCUUUGAUAUACAUUGAUUGAAGUGUGUGGGAUCACAGAACAUGGUUAUUUUAGUUAUGCUUCACAGGCCAAAAACCCAGUUUCUUAAUGGGUGCCCAUCACAGCAGAUUUUACCAUAAAUGUGUCAUUUGGCUUUAGAACGUUUUCAUGGGAUCGAGGCCUUUGUAACAUAAAGAUUACAAAUGACCAACAUGCUUUGUGAUAUCUGUUUAGUCCGAGCUAUUGGUGUAUUAUAACAAGACUGAAGUAAACACUAUUCCUGAUACUGUAUGCUUUCCCAAAGUCAACAAAAGAUCUUUGACAUGUCUGUUCCUGCUUUAGUGCCUCAGAUCCUGCUGUAGCCAUUGUUGCAAUACAAUUACAUUAUUGUAACUAGCUGUUGAUAAAAUAUUUUAUGUUGACAAUAAAAUAUUGGAAAACUUGAUAA